GGUACGAGAAGCCAUUACACAUGCACCAUGAGGCUUGUAAAGAAAUAUUUCUCAACAAUAUGUCUCUCCUAGCAGUAUAUAUUAAAUCCAUUGGCGACUGGUGAGUGGCAUCAACACAAUCUGCAAAAACAAGUAGUGCCAAUGGACUCCAACAUAGCUAAACCAGAAAUUCAAGAACUGCCAUCAGCACAAGGAGCGGGAAGACCUUUAGCACCUUUAAAUGAGUCGGAAGUAAAGAAGAGGCAAGCUAUUAAAGAUGAAAUAUAUCGAGCCUGUAUAGAGAAUAAGUGGACAAAAGUUCAGCAACUGUACACCAAAAAUAAGUUUGUCCAUGAAUCCUUACUCACUAGAUCAGAAGAUACUGCUCUUCACAUAGCUAUCUCUUAUUACAAUCCAGAUCGAGAUGACUCUUUACAUCAUCCUCAUCUUAAUUGUAUUAAGGAAAUGGUUGCCACCAUACCAAUGGAAAAUCGACUAGGUAUCUUAAAACAGAAGAAUGAAGAAGGGAACACACCUCUUCACCUUGCAGCAGAACUCGGAAUUGUCUCGAUUAUUGAGUGUUUGGUAAACCCAGAAGACCCUUCUCUCAUCAGGGAGACCAAUUCAAAAGGGGAAACCCCCUUAUUCAUAGCUGCUUAUCAAGACAAGCUAAAAGUUUUUCUCUACCUACAGAAGUAUGUUCAAGAUGAAAAAGAAGAAGGUCCAAUUGAACUUUGUAGAAAGAAUGAUGGGGUUAGUACGCUACACGCCGCCAUCUCUGGGGAGUAUUUUGAGCUGGCUUUUCAUAUAAUACAUUACUAUCCGUCACUUGUCAACCAUAACAACGAAGAGGGCAUGUCUCCUCUACACUUCCUUUCCAGGAUGCCUCAAGUAUUCAAAUGUCGCAGCUAUAUUCCGCUCAUGGAUAGCAUUAUAUACUACUGCAUAAAUAUCAAAGAGAUAGAGCUAAUGGAAUAUGAAGCUGUGAAAGAAAAUGGUGAAGACAAAUAAAUGGGAGAAAUUUUUCUCCAUACUUCCUCCAUACAAUGUUGCAUGCUUGUAGAAUAACUAGGAGAAUCUUUUUGUUCCUCCAUACUGCUGUCUCUGAUCUGGAAUAUGUAUAUCCUUUGUAUAUAGCUGUCUCUAAUCUGGAAUAUGAUUUGGGCUGUGUGUCUUACAUCUAUUUUGGGCCAAACGAUAAAUUAUUGAGAAGGCUGCAAUUGACUUGGGCCUGGUCCAAUUCGUUUGAUAUACUUGGGCUACUUUGUUGAAGUUAUGACCCUUUUUCCCUUUUCUUCUUCUUCAUAGUUUCUCUGAAACUGAUCUGGAUCAAUUUUAUUUUUAUUCUUAACAUCCCCCCUCAAGUUGGAGGGAGACGAAGAAACACCCAACUUGCUAAGGAUGAGAUGGUGACUUGGGCCAGAAAGUGAUUUUGUAAAGAGAUCGGCCAGCUGGUCCUUUGAAGGAACAAAAGUCAAAGAAAUGAGACCGGAAAGGUAUUGUUGUCGGACGAAAUGGCAGUCAAGUUCCACGUGUUUCGUCCUCUCAUGAAACACGGGAUUUCGAGCUAUAUGUAUAGCUGCUUGACUGUCGGAAUGAAUUGGUAUGGGAAGUUUAGGUGGAACUGAGAGAUCGCUCAGUAGUCUAGUAAGCCAAGUCAACUCAGUCACAAGUCGUCGCAUCGACUGGUACUCCGAUUCAGCAGAUGACAAAGAAAUGGAGUCUUAUUUCUUGGAUUUCCAGGAAAUGGGAGAUCCACCUAGAUUGAUGAAGAACCCACUCACUGAUUUUCGAGAUUCGCGACAUGAAGCCCAAUCAGCAUCGCAAAAAGCUUGAAGAUGAAAUGAAGGAUGAGAUGACAUAAAGAUACCUUGACCUGGGUCAUUUCGCAAGUAGCUGAGGACUCUUAAAGCUGCAUAAAAGUGAUCCACACAUGGUGUUUGCAUAUAUUGACUAAGGAUAAUUUAGAUGAAGGAUCCAGGGGACAAGAAACAUGAGGCAUAUGUGACACAUCAAACUCACUCAACAGAUCCAAGGUGGAAAAGUUUAGCCCCAUUAGAUUGUCCAAACCUAUGUUCUAGGCUCGUCCACAGUUCUUUAGCAGAACUGGAGUAGAUUACACUGUCUGCUAUGUCUUUGGACAAAGAAUUGAGGAGCCAGGAAGUCA